AUGGCGUCCUCCUCGAGCGGCGAACGCCUGGACAACAGCGGGGGGUUCAUGAGCGAGGACACCGACGACGGGGACUUCGACCCGAACAAUCCGAGCCAGUCCACUCCGGGAGGGGACGACGGCAACAUGGGACCGUACGGACCCGCCCUGGAGCGUGAACGAGGGCGCAACGCUUCGCCGACGAGCAGCGCGGGAGACGGGGCCCCUCUCGAGCGGAUCGUCUCGCGGGACUUUCCGCACAACGACUACUACAUGGUCGCGGAAGGUCUGAACCGCAAUCCCAACUGGACGGUCUAUCCCGCGCAGCUCGCCGUGGUGCUCAAGGCGUGCGCGCAGCUCGCGGAGGAUGAAGACGAAGCCGAGAAGAGCGAACACAUCCGGAAGCUGUACCGCGACCUCGUCCCGAACUCGUUCGAGCGGUGCCUCACGUACGACGACCUUCGCCGAUGGCCGCAGGACAUCCACGCGAACAUCCUCACGGCGUCGAUGCGCCUGGCGCACCUCGUCGCCGUCAAGCUGCACCAGGCGCACUACUUCUCCGGCCCCGGCGCGCACGAGCAGUGGGAGGAGAACGAGGUCGACAUGUGCCACCUCCUCGACGCCCUCGCGUGGGCGCUCGAUAGGGACAGCGAGUACCAUAAGAAGCACCGGUUUGACCGAAUCCCGAACCAGCUCGAGCCGCUCGAGCGCGCGUUCACCGCGCCGAUCGCCGUCACCCAGGCGGAGGCCCGAACCCUCAUGGACGCCGAUGCGAGCAAGGAACGGUCGGUGUACGGCACGAACAAGUUCCAGUCGUACUUUGGCAGGAAGGACGACGACGGGGUGAUCCACGUGAGCGACGAGGACGACGCCCCCGCCGUGCCCGUGCGGUUUCCCGGCGAGAGCUCCGGAACAACCGGAAACCCCUUCGUCGAUCCGCGCGGGUACGACGAUCCCCGGCCGGAUCGUCGCGACGUGGAGAUUGACACGUGGCUGGAUCAGAUCGCCAACUGCUUCGGCCAUCACGGGGGAUGGGAGGGGAUCCUGGGUCUGCUGGGCGACCCCGGGCCGAUUUCGCUCGCGAUGCUGGAGCACGCGGCUCGGCCCGCGAAGCUCGCGGCGAGGACCAUGAUCGGCAGCCUUCGCCGCGAGUUCGCGGAGCAGGCGAAUCGGUGCCUGAACCAUAUGCUGCGCAUCGUUCGCACCGCGGACCCCCAGCUCGUGGGCGCCAACAGCGGCGAACGCGACGAGCGGUACAUGCACCUGUCCAAGGUGCUCCGGCACCUGGAGGAGAUUCUGGCGCACGCGCUCAAGGAGGAAGGGGGUAAACCCGCUCGGGACAUGGCUGCGCGGCUGGUGUCGGAGGUGCACCAGGCGAUGAUAGAGGCGAUGCUGAAGGUUCCCACGUUUAACAUGCAGCUCGAGGCGCUGCGCGAGAUUAAGCGAUCGCUGCAGGAGGCGGCUAAGACGCGCGACAAUCACGAGUCCAAGGAGCAGCUCAAGGGUAUCGUGGCUUGGAUGGAGGCGAAGAAGGUUCUGCCCCACAUCCUCCGCCCGACGUACCUGCACCAUAAGCAGUACGUGGACCAAGUGGCCGCCGUCCUGAGGUUCCUGCUCGAGGAGGACGCCAUGACCAAGGCGCACAUCGACGAGCUUUGGGCGAUUACCCAGAAGCAGGACACCUUCGAGGAGGUCAAGAACAACGUGCUAGACCUCCUCGCGUCGCUCGCGUGGAAAUUCUCGGAUGAACAGCUGGACUACCUGUUCACCCUCUUCGAGGGCGCCGGCCACGACGCGCUCGCGGACUGCGGUAAAAUUCUGGAGACUGUCCAGAAGCUCGCCGGAAGUGACGGCAAGGGGGUCAUGGCGGAGCGCCUGCUCGAGCUCCUGUGGCGGAUGACCCACGACGCGGGCGGCGCCGAGAUGGUCGCCGCGUUCACCAGGGUGUUGGGCCACUACGACCGCAUGGAACGCGCGUCCAAGUCGCAGUGGAUGGCGCGGGUCGUUGGGGACAUUCGCGAGCGCCGCGCGGAUCUCGCGGUUUCGCUGCGCCUCGUCAUCAAGAUUGUGCAGCUGGAGUCGCCGGAGGCGGCAGAGGACUUGCUCGGGUCGGACGACACCGACGGGGUCAAGGGCAAGAAGGCCCGCAGGCGUCGAUUGCAGGAGCGGCAGCAGCAGAUCACCGUCUCGCCCGACGAUCAGGACUACAAGGAGAUUCGUCGGCUGUGGAUCGAGCGGCUGAUCGCGGGGGAGGACCUGCUGGAGCUCCUGACGAGCCGGUUUGAGGAAUUUCAAGCGCACGCGUGGUCCGAGGGUUUCGAUCGCGCGCAGCCCGCGCCGCCCUCCGGUCAGCCCGGCGCGCACCGCACCGGGUACCAGGACACCCUCAAGACGUUCAUGGAGGCGUUGAUGUUCGUGUUGAAGACUGGGUGCAUCGAGGUGGAUCCCGAGACGGCGCUUCGGUUCUGGGCGGCUUUCGUCGACGCGCCGGGCGCCGCGGUGUCUGAACCGCUCGACCCGGGCGUCAAGCCCGCGAGGUUCAGCGAUUACGGCAGGAUCUGGAUCACCAAGAUGCUGGUGGUUGGUGGUAAGCCCUGCAGCGUGUCGCCGGAGACUGUCCGGACGAUUUUGGAGACGCGCCUGGUCAACGAGCCCGCGGCGCGGAUGCGGAAGCAGGGGUACGAGCUCCUGCGAUCGUAUUUUUUGCAGUGCGCCGCGGAUGAGGGGAAACUCGACAACUCCCUCGACGUCGACGACGACGACUCCAUCGGGGACCUGCCCGUGGGCGUGGACCCGUCAGAUCUCGGCCCGGAGGCCACGGGCGUGCCCGCUCGACUGCUCGUUCACGGCAAGGCGGUCCACGACCUUCGCAUCCGCGACCAUAACUUUGCCGGGGUGGACCAGCUGUGGCGCGUCUUCCUCGACGCCCCGGAACGCGACGACGAGGAUACGUGGGAGGAUGCCGCUCACCACCUCAUGUGGCUGCACCUGGGCGCCGACGCGGAGACGUGGCAGGGGACGGUGGCGGUGCGCGAAGAGUUCCUCGCCGCGGUGAUUGAUCGGCUCAAGGAGACGGCGACGGGACUCCUGGGCGACGACCGGGCAUCCGCCGAGCAACGCGCCCACAGACUCACGCUGCUCGCGUCGUCGUUCAUAGAAAAGUGCGAGGAUAUGUACGCCGCCGCACCCGGCGCGCCCUUACCCCACGGCGGAUCGUACCCGGGCUUCGCGGUGAAGAUGGAGGUGAUAUUGAUGCACGCUGUGGCCAGAACGGGCCAGCACGAUAAGGUCACGGUUGAGGUGCACUCGAACGUCCCGGUCCGCGCGCUGCGCGAGGCUGUGGCGAGGGAGAUCUCGGAGACGGAUCCCAACCGCGUCAGGCUGCUCUGCUUUGGGCAGGAGCUCAGGCACGACCACAAGCUCCUCCACGAGGUUUUGCCCGCCGCCGCGGGCGCGGAGGAGGACCAGAGCUUCACGGUUCAAGCCGUCUUGGGGUUGAGAAAGACGGACGAUAUCCCAUCACCGGCGAACAACUCGCCUCGCGCGCUCUUCGCGUCGCAACCCGGCGCCUACGACGUCCUCCUCGAGCUCGUGGACCGAUCGAGCAGCGCGAGAGUCCGCGAAAACGCGCAGGUGAUUCUUCAGAUGCUACCCACCCGAGACAGCAUCCGGAACGAGCUCCGGGGGUUGCUGGAGGCGACCGCGGCGGACCCCGCGACGACCGCGGCGGACGCGAGGGGUCGCCUGAGGGAGCUCCUGGGCCUCGGUCCCGCGGAGCUCGUGUACGCGCUGCAGGUGCUCGACGGCUUGCUCUCAUCCGCGCCGUCGCGGUACGUCCCGGGCCCCGGGGCCGCCGGCGGUGACGACGGGGAUAAGUGCGGGGAUAUGUCCGGGGGUCCGUCGUCGUCGUCGUCGGUGGCGGCGCUUCGGGGUUCGUUCCUGGCGCUGGGUUGCGCGAGGGAUAUCCUCACGACGCUGCCGUCGGGAAUCACGGGCGAGGACGACGACACGGGCGCGGCGGCGGAGUCUGCGGCUAAGUUGGCGAGCGCGGGACUGGCGGCGUGGCGCGACGUUUCGCUGCGCCGGGCGCUCUGCACCGCGGCGCUGAGCUUGCUCCGCAUCUUACUCCGCGGUCAGAGCGUCGUUGAUUCGGAGCCGAGCGAGUCGCUGGGUUCCUUGGGCGGCGCCAUAGGGACGAUGGGUCUGCGGGAGGAGAGGGACGAGCGGAUGGCGGCGGAUGGCGACGAUCCGGGGAUGACGGUUUCGGAUGACGACGCGACGGGUUCGCGGAGAAGGCUCGCCAAGGACGCCAUCACCGCGCUGGCCAACCUCGCGUACAUCAUGGGCACCGGUAUCAGGGUCGGGGAUCCAUCCGAGAAGGGGUCCGACGUCGACGAUGCGACGCGAGACGCGAUGGAUUCUGACGCGAGGUUGGAUUCUGACGCUCGGAGCGAGGACCCGGAGUGCGAGUCGGACGACGAGGAUGACCUGACCCGGGACGACUGGCGGCUGUCUCGCGACUCCCUCGCGCUCCUGGCGACGUGCACGCAGCUGUGCGCGAGCGGUGCGUCGCACCCGGCGGAUUCUGUCAUGGCCAUGCCCGUGUUCCCGGCGAUGCUGCGCGACAUGCUGAUCCGAUCGCCGCACGACGCGAUUCGUCUGAACACGGCAGACGCGCUGUAUCAGCUCGCCGUGCGCGGAGGCAAAGGAGACAAGAAGGACGGGGGCAAGGAGGACGAGAAGGAGGUGUCCCCGGGGAUGGUCACCGCGCUCCUGUCCGUGCGGUCGCUCGCCAUCGAGCACCCGUCGCAGUGCGAGCAGUACCACAUGCUGCUGUGCAAGAUGCUGUCGUUUCACGACGACGCGUCGGCGAUUGAGGAGCUGUUACAGGAGGAGGUGGAGGCUCUGCGCGUCACGCCCCCGGCGACGGAGGAGACGGAGGCCAUGCUGAAGUCCCGGCUGAUACUCAUACGGACGCUCAUCGAGCGCCUGGAGAAGGUUGGCCGCGGGUCCAAAGCCGCCGGCCGCGGGCUCGUGCAGGUUCUCCUCUUCCGGUGCCUCUUCCCGGAGGCUGUCCCGAUGCUCAGGCCGUCCGCGGAGGUGCUGAAGCUCGCUGGCAUGCCCCCGCCCAUCGUCCACGGCGGCGAUGAUCGACCCAACGGCAAAGUGGCGCGGGGCUCUAAGCGCAAGCAGGACGACGAGGAACUCCCCGACCUCGACGACGGCGACGACGGCGCGGUCGCGUCGGACGACGACGCCGACACGCUCAGCGCGGAUGUCGCGACUGACCGCGACGUCAUCUCGGGAGGACCCGUCACCUCGGGCGGCAAGUCGUCCGAGCUCAACGCGGGGUCGCACUUCUUCAACGGCGAGGAGGUGGAGAUGCUGGACGAGCACCUGUCGCCGGUGUGCGCUUCGCCGGCGACGAGGUCCGCCGCGUUUCGACUCCUCGCCGAUCUCUGUUCGCACGACACCGAAAACAUGGUGGAGGUGACGGACGUUCUCAUGGAGCUUCACUACCGCGGCGGCGUGGACGUGAACGAGUGGGAUAUGCUCCCCAGCCACAACAACCGGCCGCAGGGUGGAUACGUGGGCCUUAAAAACGCGGGCGCCACGUGCUACAUGAACAGCGUCUUCCAGCAGUUGUACAUGGUGCCCGAGCUGCGCGACGCGGUGCUCAGCGUGGACUCCACCGCGGCGACGGAGGAGGAACGCAAAGACAGCGUGUUUUACCAGUUUCAGAUGAUGCUCGCGUCGCUGGCGGCCACGCGCGUCGAUUUCUACGCCCCCAGGGGUUUCUGGCGCGCGUUCAAAGACUACGACGGCGAGCCCAUCAACGUUCGGGAGCACCAGGACGGCCUCGAGUUUUUCAGCCGGCUUCAGGACAUGGUCGACACCGAGUUUAAGAAGUCCUUAGCCGCGGCGGAUCCGGACGGACCCAACAAGGACGCGGCCAAGCCCAACAGCGGCGUGAAGGGAGCGAUGGAGGCUGUCAUGGGUGGCCAGUUUGUCAACCAGAUGCUGUGUCGCGAGUGCCCGCAGCACCGAUCGGAGCGGCUCGAGGAUUUCGUUCACGUCUCCGUCGACGUGCGAAACAAACGGGACCUCGUCGAGUCCCUCGCGUCGUACGUCCAGGGCGAGCUGUUGGAAUCCGACAACCAGUGGUUCUGCGAGCAGUGCGGCAAGAAGGUGGACGCGGUGAAGCGCGCGUGCUUCAGCGGCGAGAAGCUUCCCAACACCCUGCUGGUCCACCUGAAGCGAUUCGAGUUUGACUACGAGACGAUGCAGCGGCUCAAGAUCAAGUCGCGGUUCGAAUUCCCCAUGGAGCUGGACAUGAGCCCGUUCACGGUGGAGGGUAUCGAGCGCGACGCCUCCGCGGAGUCCGACCCGACCGCGCCCGUCCCCGAGCUACCCCUCGGGCCCGACCACUACCGGUACAGGCUGGUGGGGGUCGUCGUGCACUCUGGAACGGCAUUCGCGGGGCACUACUACUCGUACAUUCGCGAGCGAGGCGCGCCUCCCGGUGCGAAUGCGGCGGAGCACGGCGUCGGCGCGCGAUGGCACGUGUACGACGACCAGCGCGUGGAGCCGUACGACGUCGCCAACCUCGAGGCGGACACCUUCGGGGGCAAGUACACGGUGAACAUGUCGCAGUUUACGGGAUCCGACCACGACGUGUCGGGAGAUUUGCACGGACCCGCGCACCACCACCACGUUCCGCGGCAGAGCGGCAGGUUGACCGAGCACGAUAGGCCCAACAGCGCGUACAUGCUCUUCUACGAGCGGGUCAAACCGUCGGAUGGAGAGCGUAUGGCGUCGAUGCCGCCGUCCAGGACGGCGACUCCCGCGUUUGGAAAGCCGGCGAUCGCGACGGGGGACGCGGCUGGCGACGCCUCGACGCAAAGAGUCGAGCGCAUAGCGUCGCCGCCGGAUAUGCCCCGGCAGAUUCGCGGCCACGUGAUGACCCAGAACCUGCAGUUCGUGUUCAACGGUAACCUCUUCAGCAGGGAGUACUUCGCCUUCAUGCAGCGGCUCGUGGAUUCCGCGCACUCCGGGGGGGGCGCUUCGCGCAAGUCGCAGCGGAGGGGCGAAAGGGGCGGACCUCGCGCGGCGGUGAACCAGCCGAGCUCGGGCGCCGAGAGGGAUUCGAUGGAGGAAAACGGAGGUGGCGCGCGACGCGUCCGGACCCCGGAGGAGGAGGACGAGCACGCGGUGCUCUCCAUCCGCAUCGCCACCGAGUUUCUGUGCCACGUCUACCUCCGCGCGCACGGCAGCAUGAGGGACGAGCGGGGUUUGCACGCGUGGAGACGAACAGUCGCCAACUUGCUGGAGCGAUCGCCCGCUUCGUGCCGAUGGUUCCUGGGUUGGAUCAGGUCGAGGCCCACCUACCUCGCGGCGUUUUUGCAGCGGUGCCCGAGCGGUGACGCGAGGGGAACCUUCGCCUCCAUCGUGUCUUCCGCGCUGGUGUGCGCGACGCGACACGCCGACGGCGGAGCCUCCGCUGAGGCGCUCCUCUCCGAUCCGGAGAAUAAGGAACGCGCGCAGGGGCCGCACGUGCGCGGGGCGAGCGAGACGUCCAAGGCUGUCGACCGGGUGUUGGGUUUCUUGGCCCGGCACGUGCGCGAGCUGCUCCGCGUCCGCGAUAAGUACGCCUCCCCGGCGCAGUACUUCAAGGUGCUCAACGAGUACUGCAAGCUCGGCCCGGGGCAGGCGCUUCAGCUGCUGCGGUUUGAGAUUUUGGACCUGGUCAAGGAGUACGUGUCGAUGGUGUACUUUACUCCCAAUCGCGCCGGCUGCGCCUCGAACGCCGCCGAGAACAAACCCGCGUUCGAACUCUUCUCCAACCUGAUCUGCGCGUGCGAUUGCGAGCAGGUUCGUAUGGACAUGGCGGUCGUCGCGAUGGAGGAGGCGAAGAAAACGUACGCCGAGUUGGAGCGGGUGGGGGACCUACUGGAGGAUUCGGACGAGGCGAAUGGGGUGGCGAAGACGGCGCCCGACUCGCCGUUCGCCUUUCCCAACAGCGGGUUCAAGGGCUGGAUCAUGUACCACAACCCAAACACCGGGGACGACUCCGCGACUGGCCACGUGGGGUUCCUCCUCACCAGGAGCACGCAGUGGUGGCAGCUCAUGGUGGACCUGGCGUGCGAGAACGAAGCCAUCCGCCGCGCGCUGCUGCACGUGUGCUGGCGGUGGGAGUGGCCCAGCUACGUCGCCACGCGCGAGAUUCAGGGUCAGAUGGAGGAGGAGGACUGCAUGGAGAACGUGCACGCGUACCUCCGGCUGAUGGAGAGUUUGAUGGCGUUGGAGGAUUGGGCGCAGGAGCGACGCGUGCGCCUGUGCCUGGAGGGCCCUUUGGAGGUUCAGUUCCCCGACGGCGAGAAGAAGGAUGCGCCGCACCUGCAAGCCGCCUACGACGCCGUCGCGGGAAAGACGAGCGGCGCGAAGCGCGGCGCGAUGGCGGCGAGCGGCGCCAUCGAGCUCACCGCGUUGCGCGAAACCAAGUACGGCUCCAGGUACGUCGUGUGCAAGUGGCUGGUUCGCACGGCGACGAGGGAGACGAGUUACAGGGACUGGACCAGGGAGUGCCUGCGCCGGCAGCGGAAGGAUUGGCUGCUGGGACUCGAGUGCCUGGAGGACGACAGGCACAGGUUCGGCGCUCCGCAGCAGCUCUCGAUCGGGAUGGAGCGCAGCGACUCCACGCCGAGCAGCGCGGCGCAGCAUCCGAGCGACGAGGUUGACUACAUCAUCAACCGAGGCAGGGAGCUCGUCGGCGGCGAGCAACUGUGAGGAGGAGGGUGGGCGAAGACGAAAAAAACCACGCGAUGUGUACAACAUAGAUAUGGGUGGGUUCGGACGACGAAAACGCGUCCGCAGACCCUCGGGUGUAACAUGACAAUCCAACGAUUCAUCCAA